AUGUCUUACAUUGAUCCGGGUCUCACAAUCAACAGAAUGGCUCGAAAACCAACACGUCAGCGAUUAUUAAGACGUCGACCACUCACAUUUUCUCCAUUUGGUCGUUCCAUGGCUGUAGUUGCAUCUAUUAAUUGGGGCAGGAACAAGAUGCCAGGCUCCACGUUACGAACAAAAGACUGUCCCAGCUCUUCUGGUAAUGGGUAUCAUCACGUUGAAGAUGAGAAUGAACAAGCUGACUCUUCUGAUGGUGAAGAGUUUGAAGGAGUUGUUCAAGCAGAUUUUGCCUUCUUUGAUCCAAAACCUGGCGACUUUCACGGAGUGAAGGUCCUGCUACAGACAUACCUUGGCAGUAAGCAGUGGGAUCUCAGCGGCUUUGUAGACUUGAUACUGGGACAACCAACUGUAGGGACUGUUGUGAAGAUUGAGAAUGAUGAAGACGAUGCAGUAUACUCUAUUAUUACGGCUCUUAAUCUGGGAAGAUACCAGGAUAAUAAAUGUAUUAAUGAGCUCAAGGGUUACCUCCUUAAAGUGUGCCAGGAGAACUAUGUGUUGGCUAAAUUGAGGUCUCUUAUAGGAGAGCAUGCCGGGGAUGUUGGUCUUGUGGUUUCUCAGCGUGUUGUAAAUCUUCCUCCCCAGCUAUUGCCACCGCUUUAUGAUUCUCUCUUUGAUGAAGUCUCAUGGGCAACAGAAGAUGAGCCUACAGAGGAGCUUCGGAAUUCUUUUCGCUUCAAAUUUUAUCUGAUUAUUAGUAAAAUAUACAAGCAUAAGAGUAUAGAUCAGAUUAAAGGGCCAAGUCGAAGUGAAGAUGAAGCUAUAAUGUACAUCAAACCAGAAGAUGAAGUUUUCCACAAGCUUAGCUCGUGGUCGUUCAGCUUUGCCUUGCCUGCACAGCAUGUUACAAAUGAGCUUAAAAAUUACCAGUUGACGGGUUUAGUGAUGGCCGUUGAAGCGAGUUUUACAGGUUCUAGAGUACUGGCUUUUGUGUUAAAUCUAGUUCAUUGUCCAAGUGACCAAAAAUGGAGCCACCAGAUUCAGGUCACCCUCACUUUUUGCACUAUACUGCAGGAGUCAAGGAAAGUAGAGGGAUGCAGAAAGAAGGAAAGAGUUGGGGAAGACGAGGCGGCUCUUGGGUUUGUUGGUUAG